CAGCGGUCAUUCAACAUGUGAAUCGAAACUUGUUUAUGUACACAGUGCAAGACUACAAAAUGCCGAACUUGAAAGUAUUUUUUUUCGUGAUAUUAAGUAAUUUAGUGAUUAACAUUAGUUCUUCUUGCUCUGCAAACUCUUCAUUGGAUAUAGAUUAUAUGUACAAAAAAAUUCGAACAGUGAACUGUGGCUGUGAUGUUGCUCCCUGCUUUAGAAAAUGUUGCAAAGAAGGUUUUCACCUGAUAAAAAAAUAUUGCAAAAAAAACAAUUCUACGAAACCAUUUCAAGUACCUCUUUAUAAAGAUGGAAACACAUUCCUUGAAUAUAAAACAUUUAAUAAAUAUAAGGCAGGAGUGAUGAACUGCUCGUUUUAUCUCAUGCGUAAAAACGAAAAAGAAGAUAUUUUCCUGCAAAAUGAUUAUAGAUUGUAUAUCAGUCCUACUGGCACAACUUUUGAACCGGAAUAUUUUUGUAUUGAUCAUUAUGUGAAUCAAAAUUAUAGUGGGCUAGCAGCAUUGGUAUGUUUUCCAGAGCCAAAGGAAAAAGUGGAGUUGAAAAGGGUAAAACAAAUAGGAAUGCUUAUAUCCAUCCCAUUCCUAUUUUUGACACUGAUGGCACACGUUUUAAUUCAAGACAGAAAUCUUCAUAUGAAUGCCCUGAUGUGUUAUGUUUUCAACUUAAUGAUGUCUUACAUUUUACUGGUAUCCAUUGAACUGAGUUCGACCAUCAGUCCACCUUGGAUGUGCACCUUUAUAGGACAUGCAAGCUUAUUCUUUUUUAUAUCGUCAAUAUUUUGGAUGAAUAUAAUUUGUUUCGAUAUAUACUUAACAUUUAGUGGCAGAAGGGGUUUUAACGGAAUAAGAAAUAAGGACAGCAAAAGAUUUAUUUUCUACACGCUGUAUGCAAUUUUAGCACCCUCUUUAUUAAUUUUUAUUAUAUAUCUUAUUAACACAUUUGGUGAUGCAACAAAAUCAUACUACCCAGGAAUUGGUGAGCAACAAUGUUUUCUUCAAGAUGGAAUACCCUAUUUGCUUUACUUUCAUGGUCCCAUGGCUAUUUUACUUAUUAUCAACACAACAUUUUUUGUUUUAACAGCAAUUAAAAUAAGGAGGGUUAAACAGGAAACUAACGUGUUAAAGAAAGGUGAUAAUAGAUCAACUUCUGACACUAAAAUAAAAAAAUGCUUCUUUAGGUUCCAUCUGUACAUGAAGCUACUCCUUGCAAUGGGUAUCAACUGGAUAUUGGAAACUGUUUCGUGGGCAGUUGAGCAAUACACUCAACUUCCAAAAGAAAUUUGGGCGGUCACAGACUUCUGCAAUGCAAUUUACGGACUGUUUAUUUUCAUUAUAUUUGUUGUCCUAAACAAUAAUACAAGAAAAAUACUAAAACAAAGAUGGUAUGUAUUCACUGGCAGACCGCAAUUAGCCCACACUAUGAGUACAUCCCAACAAACAAGAGCUACGAAUACCUCAGUUAGUGAUGCACCGACCAAUGGAGAGCUUUAUCGUCUUACGGCUAGAGAAUAGGAAUAUACAGACCAUUCAACUAAUCGAUUCACAACAAAAAAACACUAUUUACUAAAAAAAGUAAAAACCAAAAUAAUUUACAAAUUGGUGGCCCUUCAUUUUUGUGUUUAAUGCUUUAUAAAAUGCUAAUAAUUAUUUGUGCGAUUUUUUAUUUAAUCAGUAUUCACCAAAAAUUAUUAUCAUUAUCGAAAAAUCAUCGCAAAUUUUAAGAAUUGUCCAUGCAUGAGAUUGGCACUUUUUGCAAGCGUUGUAUAUUUUAAUCAAAUACCUUUAAAUGAUCUUUGUUAAAUAUAAAUACGCAUUUAUAUAAGGUGUAAUAAUGUAAUAAUUCAUUAUAUUAAAAGUAUAUUAGCAUAUUAGGACCUUUUUCAUGAAUAUUUUUAAAACGGAGUAAAAUGUAUGAUGUAUUUACAUAAUUUUAAAAGUCCAAAGGAUUUUUUACUCGAAUUAUUAAAUAUUAUAAGUGUCGACUUCAUAUUGGGAAGUAG